UAUCACACCAGUCCACGUUGUACAAAUAAAAACCUAGUUUUAACACGUUUAUCACGUAAAAUGACAGACAAGAUAAAAGACUAAAUUAAACUUACUUGCUUACUUUACUUAUUUUAUCUUAGUAAAAUGUUUUAAGUCGUAAAAAUGUGUUUAUUAGCUGAUAUUAGAGAAAAGUCAUGUUUUUUUUAUGAACAAUAAAUUAGUUAUGAAUUUAUAGCCUCUUGUCUUACAUUUCUAAAAAAUGUUUAAUUUUUUUGCAUUUCAUUAUUGUCAAAAUAUUUGUAAACAAUAUUGAUGUCAUUUUUUAUCCAUCAUUAUAAUUUAUCGACUACUUAGAGGUAACUACUUUUUUCCAAUGUAAAUUUAUUGAUUAUUAUUCAAAAUAUCAUUCUAAAAAAAAAAGGAAUUAUGAAAAAUAAUUGAUUUUACUACUUAAUUCAUUUUAAUGGUUGAAAAAGAAGAAAUACCACUAGACUAUACUGGAGUUGUUCAAGAAGAAACAGCGCAGAUGAAUCAAAAUAGAAAUUCUUUUAUAAAAGGUGUUACCUUAUUUAUUUUAACUUUUCAAAAUGCUCUACUUGCCCUUAGUAUGCGAUAUGCACGGACAAGACCUGGUGAUAUGUUCUUUUCAUCAACAGCUGUUGUUAUGGCAGAAAUUGUUAAACUCUUUGUUUGCUUCGGAUUAGUUUAUAAGACUGAGUCAUUGUCUUGGAAACAUUUUAUAUCACAAAUUGAUAAGACCAUUGUAAAACAACCAAUGGAUACUCUUAAAGUCUGCAUUCCGUCUUUAGUUUACUUAAUUCAGAACAAUUUAUUAUAUGUGUCAACAUCAAAUUUAGAUGCUGCAACAUACCAAGUCACUUACCAAUUAAAAAUAUUUACUACUGCUGUAUUUUCUGUUUUAAUUCUUAAACGCAAACUACUUAAACAUCAAUGGGUUGCAUUAUUUGUUUUAAUUGUUGGUGUGGUUCUUGUACAGUUAAAUAAUUCAACUGAUAAAUCUACAGCAACAAGACCUAAUCAAAACAGAUUAAUAGGUAUUGGUGCAGCCUUUAUUGCAUGUUGGUUAUCUGGCUUUGCAGGGGUAUUUUUUGAAAAAAUAUUGAAAGGAGCUGAUAUAUCAAUAUGGAUGCGUAAUAUUCAAUUAAGUGUUGUUUCGAUACCUCUAGGAUUUAUUGUUUGUAUUGUAACAGACUGGACCAACAUAAGGAACCAUGGAUUUUUUUUUGGUUACGAUUGGUAUGUUGUAUACUUGAUUUGUUUACAAGCAGCUGGUGGACUUAUUGUUGCUAUGGUCGUAAAAUAUGCAGACAAUAUAUUAAAAGGAUUUGCUACUUCACUUGCAAUUAUUAUUGCUUGCGUUUUUUCAAUGUAUUUCUUUGACUUUAAAAUAAGUAUACAAUUUGUUGUAGGAGGAUUGUUAGUUAUGUCAUCAAUAUUUUUAUACAGCUACACUAAAGAAAAAAAACCACCAAAUACAAAUACUAUAUUAAAAAUAUAAAAUCAACAUUAAUUUUAAAUACUACUUAUUCAAAUCAUUUUUUACUACUUAAAACAUAUUACUAUAAAAAUAUUUUCUUUACAUUUAUUUUAUUGUUAUAUAAAUUUUAAUUGUUUAUAAAUUAAAAAGCAUGUAUCAUUAUAAUAUUUAAAUUGGUCAUUAUGU